UGCGCCUUCAUCCUGCUCUGGAUGGCCUUCUACUGGUCGGUGGAGGCCUGUCCUCUGGCUGCCACAUCACUCAUGCCUGUGUUCCUGUUUCCACUCUUAGGAAUCCUGUCAUCCACUAGCGUGGCUAGUUUUUACCUCAAUGAUAUUGGAAUAUUGUUGCUUUGCUCUCUAAUCAUGGCUGGAGCGGUGGAAACAAGCAACCUGCACAAGAGAAUAGCCCUCAGGUCUUUACUCGCCAUAGGAACAAGUAAUCUCAGGCUUCUCCUUGGCUUCAUGGUAGUCACCAUGGUACUAUCCAUGUGGAUUCCCAACACUGCAUCAACGUCCAUCAUGGCACCCAUAGCCAUAGCCGUUGUGGACCAGAUGCACGCCUCGGCUAAGUCUCAUUGCAGGGACGUAGAAAGUGCCGACCUACAGUCUAUAACAAAGAGGCGGGAGUCAGUUUGCAAAGCAAACGAGAAAGCGAGCCGCAAGGAUUCGUCUACUGCUUCUGACUCUGAGGAGAACUGCAGGCAGAAGGUAGUUCGUACGACCAUGCUGCUUUCCGUCGCGUAUUCGGCGAAUAUCGGAGGUACUGGAUCUCUCAUCGGCACAGGGUCCAAUCUCGUACUCAAGGGCCUCAUGGACGAGAGAGGCCCCUCAUCAGGUGCGUCGGAAGAAAAAGUUCGUGAGGAAAUUUCUCGGAGGUACCGUGCCCUGGGUCCUAUGAGCUUUUCAGAAUGGUGCGUUACAUUUCUGAUGACAUCAAUGAUUCUUCUCUGGUUCACCAUGAAGCCCCAGGUGUUCCCCGGCUGGGUGGAAAUGAUACCUAACGGAAAACUCAUUAGGUCAUCCACUCCCUCCAUGUUGGUGACGUUCCUGCUGUUCGUGAUUCCCAAGUACCCCCGAAAGCCCGGUGGCCGAGCCAUCAUCACGUGGAAGGAGGCCAGCGAGCGCGCUCAGUGGGGGAUCGUGAUUCUCAUCGGAGCCAGGGCCGGCCAAAAGAUGCGGGCCGCGUUCGGUGCGCUCAAGGAGUUCUGGCGUCUCCUGUACAUCGUAUGUGUUCCGCUUAUCCUUCUUCCAGUGGCAGCAUGCAUCGGAGGAAAGGCCGGCUGGUGCGCCUACAUUCUGCUCUGGAUGGCCUUUUACUGGUCGGCGGAAGUCGUGCCUCUGGCGGCCACUUCACUCAUGCCGGUGUUCCUGUUCCCGCUCUUCGGGAUCGUGCCAUCCAGUAAAGUGGCCACGUUUUACCUCAACGAGAUCGGGCUUGUCCUGCUGUGCUCUCUGGUCAUGGCCGGGGCCGUUGAAAUAAGCAACCUGCACAAAAGAAUAGCCCUGCGGUCCUUACUCGCCAUUGGAACAAGUAAUCUCAGGCUUCUACUUGGUUUUAUGCUAGUCACCAUGUCACUAUCCAUGUGGAUUCCGAACACUGCAUCAACGUCCAUCAUGGCACCCAUUGUCAUGGCUGUGGUAGACCAGAUGCAUACUUCUACGAAGUCUCAUUUGAAGGACGUUGAACGGAGGAUUCGAGGCACAAAAAACUCCGCACAGUCAUGCUGCUCUCCGUGGCGUAUGCUGCUAACAUCGGAGGAACUGGAUCUCUCGUUGGUACAGGACCAAAUCUCGUACUCAAAGGGUCUUAUAGAUGACAUGUUCCCCGAGUCUACCGAGUUGACCUUCGCUACGUGGAUGCUCUACAACGCGCCAACCAUGCUGAUCUGCGUGCUCAUCGGAUUGGGCUACCUCCUAUUUUCCGCAAGGAAAGAAAUGAGGAGCCCCUCGUCAGAUGCAGCGGCAGAGAAAGUUCGCGAGGAAAUUGCGGGGAGGUACCGGGACCUUGGUCCUAUGAGUUUUUCCGAGUGGUGCGUCAUGUUCCUAAUGUCUACAACGAUUCUUCUCUGGUUCACGAUGAAGCCCCAGAUGUUUCCUGGCUGGGUCGAAGCGAUUCCUCAUCAUAAAUUCACAAGCCAUCCUGCACCCGCCAUGCUGGCGAUGUUCCUGCUCUUUGUGAUUCCCAAGGACCCUCGCAAGCCCGGUGGCCGAGGCCUUAUCACGUGGAGGGAAGCCAGUGAGCGGGCUCAGUGGGGAGUCAUGAUUCUCGUCGGAGGUGGCAUGUGCCUCGCCGAGGGCUGCAAGCAAUCAGGCCUGUCGGCGAUGCUGGUGCAGCACCUGAAGAGUCUGGACGUCCUUCCUAAUGUGCUGACGGUGUUCGUCCUAUGCUUUGCCGCCUCCAUGUUCACUGAAGUGACGAGUAACACGGCUGUCAGUACCAUACUCUUGCCCGUCGUCUGUGAAAUGGCGAUAGCGAUAGGCGUGCACCCACUUUACCUGGCGAUGCCAGUGACGAUCGGCUGUUCCUUCUCAUUCAUGCUGCCUGCUGCGACACCUCCGAACGCCAUCGUGUAUGAGUUGGCGAAGUUGAAAAUCCCUGACAUGGCAAGACCGGGUUUCUUCAUGAACAUGAUCUGCGUCGUGGUGGAAGUGGGCAUGAUUCACGCAAUAGGAUUCCCAAUUUUCGGUUUGGGAAUUUUGCCUGAGUGGGCUAGACACACUGCAACGACAGUCUCCACUACGCCAGCACCAAACGCAACAGACGCUAUCACGUUGCAAACAGUAUUGACUGCAUUGAAUUAUACGCAAUUGACGUGAAAGGCAUGCGUGACUGACAGCACUAUGUUCCUGCCGAAUUUCUUGGCUAUUUCCAAAGAUCUCACAUCAAGUGGUUCCACUGAAGUUCUGGCGUGCAGUACAAAUGAUGAAAAAGCUUAUUUAAAAGCUCAAUUCCAAGAACAGCUGUUUUCGGGCAAGAAGAAACGAUGUAGUGUUUGACUAACACUAGCAAUAUUCAGGAUAAAGUGGCGUGGAUCCUAUCCUCUUUAGUAGCACUGCCCUGCUGGUGCAGUGUAUUCACAUAGCGGUGCCUUGAAAAAAAACAUCAUUAACUUCACGACGUGACAUAACUAUAGCUCCAACAUCACCGAUUCAACGCAUUCCAGAUGCAUGGAGAGGAAAAUGUGCUGGGGCUGGAGCAUCCAGUGCUAUACUUAAUGGUAGAUGAUCAAGUAAGCCAUUCUUCAGCAUGGUGAAGUCACGACCAUUUUGAAAGAUUUUCCUUCACUGCGCUUUCUCACCAAACUUCAGUGCGCAGGCUUGCUUGUGAUCUUUGUCAAGCGCUCAUCUUCAAAGGUUUUAAAGUUGGCUCAAAAUUGUUCUUUAACGUCUAGUAUAACCAACCAGCGCGUUCUCUAGGUCAACACCUUACAGCGAUUAAAUCUGCUUUCCACCAAUUUAUGUUACAUGCGAGUUGUAUUGCGGUAUAUAGAGUACAAUCAGAUAUUUGUGAAAGACCUGUUCCUUGCAAUACACUAAACAAAUUUGCCAUAAAUCGGUGACACAUAACUCACAUGAGAGCUAGCACAUUUAUGCAAGAUAAGAGGAAAUAAAACCGCUGCAGUAUUGGUGCAAUGCUUCCUAUCAAACAUUCGUGUUGAGUUCCCCCCGGGAAGUGGAGUGUGGAAUGUUUUUUUUUUGUCUUCGACUAAUCAUACAUCCUACUUAACGUGAUUUUUGCUUUGUGGACAGGAACCCGAAUAAGUAUUCAUGUCGCAUGAUGUGAGCCGAGCAGUUAAGCAUCUGCGACUGCCUUUUGGUGUGAACUUGUGUAUAUACCUGUAUUAAGGCACAUACCAACUCAGUCCUGCUGACUACUGAGUACACGAGCAUCAACAGGUUUUCUCAGAUACACUAGCCGUAAUGAAUGGCUCAAGCUGUAACAUAUAUACCAGUUGAUAGGAGCAAACACCUUUGAAGUGAUGCGGUGCCAACAGCGAGUUGUCAAUGUCUGCCAGCAAAUAUUUUGUGGGCCAUUUACAUAGAAAAACUUCAAGUGCCUUUUUUUAACAAAUAUGCAUUUGCAUUAAACAACGGUAUGCGCCGUCGAUAUAUGUUGGUUUGUUGUAGCGACCUCGCAGCGCGUGUAUAGGCUUCGCCCAGCCGUCCCAGCCAAAAGCGCCCUGCCCCCCUCGUAUAAUGACGUGACUACUGGCGCUGCAGAUGCAAAAGCUGCCUCCGAAACCGGAACGUCUGGACGUCUUCCUGCGGCCGCAACCAAGAAAGUUGCAACGAACAUAUGAGCCAUGUUGACGUGUAUAGCUCUAGCUUUGAGAACAUUAUCAAAACAUGAGAUAUCGUAAUGGUGAUGACAUUUCCGAAAUGUCAUCGCCGUUGCGGCAGCCAACGUCAGGCCACACCUGUACGUUUUAAUUCGUUCACUAACGCAAGAAGGUCUUGAGUAAUAUGCAAAUGAGCGGUGUGAAAAUUCAUACCCACGAAUUGCUACGGUAAAUUCUUGCGUAUAACAAAUGUGCGGGAGAAGUUAUUCAUGCAGGCGACAAGGGCGACAUCAGUGACAUUCAUCCUUCAAUACGCUUGCAAAAUAUUUCUACUGCAUGCUGUGGAUAAUGUAGUUACGUGCCUCGCAGGUCCAUGGCUCUAUUCGUACGCUCAAGUGGAGGUCGCAUAAUGUGUACAGGACCGUAAACAGACUCUGCAAGUUUCCCAAUAAUUUAUUUCUGUGAAUUCUCACAGGGUGUGCACCACAGCCAGAACAACAAUGCCCGACACACUUGUGUUAGGUGUGUCAUCGCAGCCACGUAUAGAGAUGAGAUGCAGAGUCCAAGUCGAUACCGUGGUUAGCUGCUGCUUUGUUGAAUUGUUGACUGAUAUAUAAGGUUUAACGCCCCAAAACUUUCUAUUUGAUUAUGAGAGAUGCCAUAGUGGAGGGAAUCCGGAAACUUCGACCACCUGGCUUUCUUUAACGAGCACCCAAAUCUGAGCACACGGGUUUACAGCACUUUUGCCUCCAUCGAAAAUGCAGCCGCCACAGCCAGGAAUUUGAUCCCGCGACCUUGCGGGUAAACAGCCGAGUACCUUAGCCACUAGACCACGGCGGAGCCUUUAAUGAAUUGUGUCCAUGCAGAAAUAAGCACAUGCUUCGUUGCCGAGUGACCUAUUUAGUUCACGCGAGUAUAAUGAAGUUAUUUUGACGCGUCUAAGACUUCUGCAGUUAAUGACAACUGUGAAACAUUCUUCGCAUAUCAUCACAUAUGGCAGUGCUAUUCACAGCGUUAACAUGGUUUGAGGUGAAAAUUCUCAAUACGCCUCCACACAAGGCUUAUUUAAAAAAUGCGGUGUGCCACAUUAAAAUGACAAACGCUUGGCAGAGCUAGUCGUUUUUGCUGGGUUACGCGCUCCAAAAAAAGAACCGGGGAAGCGGUGUCGAAGGCUAGUAUAUUGUUGCGAUGGCUUUUAUAAACAGAAAACUAAAAAAAAAAGGACCGAGCCUAUCUUUGUUGUGCCCUCCAACGCAAAUAACUGUGACAGCUCGUCAGUACACAGUUUUUUUUUCUUUUUGCACGGUGACAGACAGUGCACGCAGCAGCGAAAACAAAGUAGAAAUAUUAGUAGGCACGGCUUCUUUUGCCUAUAUAUAUACAAUGCCACUUUAAACUCUUGGCGACAGCACCACCCAAUUUUUGUGACGUAUAUGUUCAGUCCAAUUGGUCCAUGCAAAUCCGCUUAAGAAUAAGAAGCCUACCUUCGCUUUGACAUUAUAAUGUGAAAGUAAAGCCAGCCUUAUGAAAUAAUGUUUUGAAUAUGCUUCUGAAAACAUACAAUAGAAGAUGCCUACAGGCAUUUCUAUUCUUCUCAUUCAUGCUAUUGUACCAUGUAUAUGUGCAUGCUUUAGGACUUGUGUGUGCACGUACUCGACAUAUAUGUAGAACCCUUUGUAUAUGCGAUAACGUUUCAAAUUUAUUCAUGUAAUAAAUAUUGACAUUUGUGCGAUAUUUUGUCUUCCAAGUAUGUCUUUUCAAAGAGCGAUUAAAAAAGUGAUGCUUUAAUGUGUUUGACAAAUGUCCUGUACAUACAUUGUAAAAAAGUGUUCGAAUAAAAAGCAACUAUAAUUUCCAUA